UACCUCUAUCUGAAACCACCAGAUUUAUAAAUUUAUGCUCAUUACUGAUCCAUAGAUAUAGAGAGAGCAACACCUUUAACAAAAAUCUACAUAUAUGGCAACAUUCGAAGAUUUUUCUUCUUUCUCUCUCUAAAACCCUACAUUGCUACUCAGCCACUGUUAAACCACUGAAAUGGCUCUUCCUCAGAUCCUACCCUCUCCAUCUUCUUCGUCUUUCAGUACUCACAAACACUAUUUCAGCCCUAACUCAUUAAACUCUAGCCCUAGAUGUCUCUCUCUCGCACCAUCUCUUCUCCGUCACCACCGCCGCCGCCGGAAACCUAAUUGUCUCCGGUGCUCCGCCUCUUCCUUCUCGGAGAAACACCACACCGGCUUCCCCCGAUCCGACGACGUCGUCGAGCUCCCUCUCUUCCCUCUCCCUCUCGUUCUCUUCCCCGGAGCAAUCCUUCCGCUACAGAUCUUCGAAUUUCGGUACCGAAUGAUGAUGCACACUCUCCUCCAGACCGAUCUCCGGUUCGGCGUCAUAUACUCCGACACCGUCACUGGCACCGCCGAUGUUGGCUGCGUCGGCGAGGUCGUGAAGCACGAAAGGCUCGUGGAUGAUCGGUUCUUCUUGAUUUGUAAAGGCCAGGAGCGAUUCAGAGUGACCAAAUUAGUUCGGACGAAGCCGUAUCUGGUGGCGGAGGUGGUUUGGUUGGAGGACCGGCCGUCCGGCGACGGUGAGGAUGAUUUGGAUUCUUUGGCGGAUGAAGUGGAGACUUAUAUGAAGGACGUGAUUAGGUUGUCGAAUCGGUUGAAUGGGAAGCCGGAAAAGGAGGCGCAGGAUUUGCGCCGGAAUUUGUUCCCGACGCCGUUCUCGUUCUUCGUCGGCAGUACGUUCGAAGGCGCUCCGAGAGAGCAGCAGGCAUUGCUCGAAUUGGAGGAUACGGCGAUGAGGUUGAAGAGAGAGAAGGAGACACUGAGGAAUACUCUUAAUUACUUGACUGCGGCGUCGGCAGUUAAAGAUGUAUUUCCAUCUUCAUGAAUCAUAGUGGAGGACAGUGAGGAAAUGAUAGGUAAUUUGUGCUUACUCUUUGUGUAUUUCUCACACUAAUAUAUAAAUUUGUAAAUUUUGAUGCGUAAUUUUAGAAAAUAUUUGUAAUAUUUGUCUUGUGCAUAUACUUCUUUUGUUUGCUCAAA